AUGGACAACCAGUCUGAAAUGGACACUUUUGUAACAUGGAUAAGACUAUUUCUGCUGACAUUUGUCUGGCUCCCUGUAGAGGUGGUGAAACUGCUUCUAGCGAGAUAUGUAUCGAAACGUUUGGAUAGAGCUUACACAAAAGCUAACGGCGUUAUAAUGAACGCGAUUGGAUGGGACGAGAAAGAUUAUGAAAGAACGACAUAUUGUCUUGGAUAUGUUAAACAAUGGUACCGUUCAAGAAUGUUAGACUUAUUGAAAGAAGCUCAGUAUGGGCAAAUGGCGCCAAAUUCUCAAGUUAUCUCCCUUGAUGACCGGAAGACGCACAAUAUACUCAACUUCCAAAAGGAGGGGAGACCACUUAUUUUAAACUUUGGCAGCUGUACUUGACCUCCGUUUGUCGCGAAACUUUCCAAGUUUACACAACUUGUCGAUGAGUUUAGCGACAAAGCAGACUUUCUUAUAAUAUAUAUAGAAGAAGCACAUGCAUCGGACGGUUGGAAAUUUAGAAAUAAUUAUGAUAUAGAUAUUCACCGGAGUAUAGAAGACCGUCUUUCUGCUGCAAGAAAACUUGAAAAACUAGACCCACAUUGCCGUGUUGUUGUUGAUAAGAUGGAUGAUAACGCAAAUAAAGCUUAUGGUGGAUUAUAUGAGAGGUUAUAUAUAGUUCUAAACGGGGUCAUAGUGUACGAAGGUGGAAGAGGACCAAUGUGGUAUAAGGUCGAAGAAAUUGAAGACUGGCUAAAUAAAUACGCCAACUCGUAAGUCACACAAUUCGAAGAUCAUUUUCUCUUUCCGUUUACCUACAAGCAGUACAUUUUAAGAGAAAAGACAUGUUUGGUAGUACUCCAAUGUCAAGAACUUUGGCAUAAAGCAACAUGUUUUUCUUUGCAUAAAUUGUUAACAGUGUGCGCGUCUACACUAUACACAAUAAAAAGUGACAUGUGCAUGAUUAUAUUAUACAAAGACAUAUUGGGAGACAGGGAUGUGGUAUACAGCAUUUUAUGACUAGAUCGGCUCAAAUUUAGAGGCGGAUUUAUGAAAUACGUUUGUAACUACAUUUCGGUUUCCUUAUAGGUACAAUUAUAUUUUCGUUUCACAUUCGAAAUUACUGUUUUUCAAUUUUUGUAUCAUAAUUCAUCAUUUUAAAGUAUGUUUCUGUUUUUAAAACAAGUAUUUACCUGAUUUUUGUCUUAUUAUAAAUGAAAGUUAUGUAACUGGCCUCAUACUUGACAGCCAUAUUAUUUUUAUAUUAUCCGUUGUGUUUAAAACCUCGCUUUUUUAGGCGUAGAUUCCACCUUGAAAAGAAUUCAUCACUUGGCUUAUGGUAGGUUUAUGCGUCUAUCCAAAGAUCAGGCCGUGCCACGAAAAAUACCCGGAGUGAAAGAUGGGGCCUUCCUCCGCCACCAAAAGCUAGGCAGUCGCGAAAUAUAACAUGUAAUUAUGUCGAUGUGACGUUAAACCAAACUAAACAUGAAUAAACAAACAACUAAUUUAAUGCCGAUCACAUCCUAUAUGUUCAAGUAAAAAAUGACAGCAGCGUCUUUUCUGAUUUGACUUCAUCGUUUAUUGAAAAUUUAUCAGUCAUUCUGUAGCAAUAAGAAAGUUCGUACGACCUUUUAAACUUUUAAAAUUCACUUGAUUAGUUUAGAAUUUUCGUGAAUAGAGAUCUUGAAAUAGUAUUUUCCAUUAUACAUUUCUAUCAUUUCUGAAACAAAAUUAUUUUAAGUUUAAGCUAUGUAUGCUGUUGUUCG